UGAUCACGACUGCAAAAAUCAAAACCAGAAACCCUAGCGAUAUAUAUUCCUUACAUAGCUGGUCUUCAGUGUCUCUCUGGCAUAAAACCCUAGCAGCAGCGUCGCUUGUUAACUCAAAAACAGCAGAUCCUCCAUUCUCUUUGCCGAUCCAUAAUCAAAACAAUGAAGGUCAUCGCUGCAUAUUUGCUCGCCGUUUUGGGAGGUAACACCUCACCCUCCGCCGAGGACCUGAAGGAAAUCCUCGGAUCCGUUGGAGCUGAUGCUGAUGAUGAUAAGAUUCAGUUAUUGUUGUCCCAAGUUGAAGGAAAGGAUAUCACAGAAUUGGUUGCAGCAGGAAGGGAGAAAUUGGCAUCUGUGCCUUCUGGUGGUGGUGUAGCUGUUGCUGCUGCUGCAGCACCUGCUGCUGGAGGUGGUGGUGCUGCUCCUGCUGCUGAGGCCAAAAAGGAGGAGAAGGUUGAGGAGAAAGAGGAGUCAGAUGAUGAUAUGGGUUUCAGCCUCUUCGACUAGGAGAUCUAUUUGCUGGUUCCAUUUGUAUCAAGGCUUUCUUUUAUCUUCUAGUCUUUUAGUUAAAAAAUUUACAAGUUUUUGGUCUGUAGUUGGUUAUGAUAUUUAGAACUUGUUUGCGUUCUUGAAUUUUGAGUUAGGUAAUGGAGAUUAAACCAUUUCACAUAUAGUUGUUAAUUUUGUGAUUUGAGUUGUUGAAUUGCUUAUCCUUUUCUCUCGUGAAUCUGGUUGCACAUGUUACAUCCUGUUACUAAUGGAUUUUUUUGCUUGAUUA